AUGGCGGCUACCCAAGAGGAUGCAAGGCAGGUGGAGUCGCUGGGAAAAGGAGAUACUUUCAAGAAACCGUCUGCUAUACGCAAGAAGGUACCUCCGAAGCUUGCCAAGCUAGAUAAGAAGGAAAAGGUGGAUAAGCCCACUUUAGAUGAGAAACCAGAGGAAAAAGUGGAGACUAAAAACGUGGGAGAUGUUGGUGCUGGUAAAACUCCUGAAGCGGGGCUAGAAGAACAGGUCGGACAGGUGGAGGACAAAGUAGGGCAAGAAGGAGAGGAAGCGGAAGAAGAGCUCGAGGGUGAGGACAUGGAGGAUGAGGAGGAGGAGGGGGAGGAAGAGUUGGAGCAGCAACGUGGGCCUGUCGAACAAAGAGAAGCCAUGCCAUCAGACACUGCGGCAGGUUCUUCGUCCACCGCGGGGCUAGCGGACAAGGGCAAGGGAGCAGCCGUGCAACUGGGCCGGAUCGGGGAAGGCACUGAAUCCAUGAAGGAUCAGGUCCCCGCUGAAAUGCCGGAUCAAGUGCAAGAGAAGGCUGGAGAAGGCGUACAAGAGCCUACCGAAGGAGUGGUUGAGCCCGAGAAAGAAACUGAUCUCGGAGAUGGCAUACCAGAACCACCAGAUGUAUCGGAAGUGAAGGAAGCUGCAGUGAGCAUUGGAGACCUGAAAGGCCUUUCUGUUGGUGAAGGCGGAAACAUUGUCAAUGCAGAGGGGAAAACAAUCGGAAAGGUUGUUGAGGGGGAUCCUGAUGACCUUGUUGGUCAGGUUGUUGAUGCCGAUGGAGAGAUCCUGGACGAGGACGGGGACUUGAUCGGUCGGGUUGAUGUCGUGACUGAGAAAGUCGAUGAACUGCCACAGGCCGAUGAACUUCCCGAGGCCGAAGAAGUGGCAGAACUGCCGCAAUUACCGGAUAUAUCGACUCUCGAAGGCCUAAAAUGUACGAAGUUCGGCAGUAUCUUGGAUACUCAGGGUAACCUAGUUGGGGAGUUGGUUGAAGGCGAUGCAAAAAGGAUCUUUCGAGGAGGCUUUGAGCUUGACGAUAAGGGCCAGUUCUGGGACCACCGCGGUAAUGUCAUUGGCAAGGUACAGCCUGUUCUACCAGAGGCGGAAGAAACCAGCAUCUUCGAAGGAAUGAAAGAUUUGUAUGUUGACAAGGAGGGAUGGGUGCUAGAUGACAACGGUCAACGCGUUGGACAGGUAGUUGAAGGGGAUGUUAAAAAGCUCGCAGGCCGCGCGGUUGACGAGGACGGCGACAUUCUCGAUCGGCAUGGAAACCUGCUCGGUCACGCAGAACCCUGGCAGGAGCCAGAAGAAGUUGCGGACGAGGUAACGGAGGAGAAGCCGGAUCUCAGUUGUCUGGCAGGGCUUAAGCCCACCAAGCUUGGCCUCGUGAUUGGGCCGGACCAAGUGCCUCUGGGCAGAGUCGUUGAGGGCGAUCCCAAACAGCUUGCCGGCCGAACCAUUGCGCCGGAUGGUCUCAUUUGGGGCGACAACGGGGAGGUCAUUGGGCAGGUGGACCUGAUCCCCGAGAAUGAGCGAAAAGAUCUCAGCCGGCCAUUCCAGGGAUGCACGGACCUGAUGGUGAAUGGAUCUGGUUGGGUGGAGGAUGGCGACGGGAACAUCCUGGGUCGUGUGAUCGAAGGGGAUCCCCAGAAGCUCCAGGGAUAUGAUGUCGAUGAGGAUGGAGAAAUUGUGGACCAGCAUGGGACUGUCUUGGGGCGAGCUGCACCAUGUGAGCCCCCUGCCGAGGAGGUGGAGGUACCCGAUCUGUCUGCAUUAGCUGGCAAAGUGGUAAACAAGAUGGGCAAUGUCGUGGACACGAACGGAGUGGUAUUUGGACGGUUGGUGACAGGUAACCCUCGAAAGUUGGCGGGCAAAUCCGUGGAUGAGCAGGGUCAGGUCUGGGAUGCUGCGGGCCACGUUGUCGGCCAAGCCGAACUCAUUCCCGAUGCCGAGCGAGAGCGGCCAGAGGGACCAUUCAGCGGCCUAGAUGGCUUGACGGUGAAUAAAGAGGGACAGGUUGUCGACCCGAACGGCACACCGGUUGGUCGUCUAGUCGAGGGAGACCCUAAACGCCUUGCUGGGCGCGCCGUGGACGAUGAUGGAGAGGUCCUUGACUCGGCUGGGAAUUGCAUUGGCAGGGCUGAACCGUGGUCUGCCCCAGAAGAACCGCCCAGUCCCAUGGCUGGCCGUAAGGUUAACCGGGAAGGAGAGGUCCGCGAUGAAGAUGGCAAUCUCAUUGGCAAGCUCACUCAGGGAGAACUGUCGAACCUCAUCGGCCGAACGAUUGACAAGGAUGGCUAUGUUGUGGACAGUGCCGGCAAUAGGAUCGGGGAAUGUACCUUGCUGGAGAAUAUACCCCCAGAGCCAGAGCCCGAGGAACCGGAAAUGUCCCCCGAAGAGCGCGAGCAGCUGGCUCGACAGGAAGAAGAGAAUGAGCUGGCCAAAAAGAUGUGCUCAAUUGUUCAGCAAGCUCUGGACUCCUUGGAACCCAUGUGUCGAAUGAUCACUCAGCAUAUAGAAAAGGCCAAUAGUACACCCAAGGAUGAAUUGGAUGAAGAAGCACUGGUCAAGGAGGUAAAACCGUUGAUCGAAGAGGCUGGCACCAUUCUGCAGGAGUGUAAAGGAGCCCUGCGAGCGUUGGAUCCGGAUGGCCACAUUGCUGCCAACGCCAAAGCCCGCAGUGCCUCCCAAGAAGCCACUCCACAGGAGCAUCAUCUGGCGGAAUUACUGAAGGAUUUGACACAGCUAGUGACGGAGACGAUCGAACGGGGUAAGAGUAUGAUUGCCGACAUGCCCCAUGCGAAGAAAGAGAUCAACCCGCUCUGGGCGCUGUUGUCCGAGCCGUUGUUCCAGAUCAUCGCGGCCGUCGGUCUCUUGCUCAGUGGCGUUCUGGGUCUUGUGAGUAAUCUUCUGAAUGGUCUGGGUCUGGGAGGCCUUCUUCAAGGGUUGCUCGGUGGCUUGGGCGUGGACAAGCUCCUGGAGGGUCUGGGACUGGGGACCAUCACGCAGGGGAUCGGGCUGGGUGGAAAGAAAUAG